AUGUCGUUAUCAAUUUGGAUUUUACUAUUUAUCGCGGCUAACUGCGACUCUUCAAGUAUAAGAAUUAAACAGAAUGUGACGAAACGUGAAGUAGACAGUAAUUUUUUUCCAAAUUGGGUGCCUUUUAAAAAUAAACAUGGAGACGAACUGGGUGAAUUUAUAGAUGUUAAGAAGCCUAAGCCAAAGAAAAGGCUGGCGCUUCCCGUCAACUUCGUUUUAAAGGCUGUUGCAUCAGAAAGUGACGAUUACUACGAUAAAAGUCAAGGAGACGGUGAGGAUUACUAUGAAAAAAAAGAAUGGUCCGAUUUAAAUAGACCUGCUCAAUCCGUUGAUGUUAAAAUACAUCCGUCUAAUAUUUCAGACAUAGAUGGUAUAGUAAACAUUAUAACGAAACCGAGUAAUAGCCCUAUUCUUAAGGCCCUAAGUGGUAGACUAAAAACUAGUAAACAAAAGGUCAAAGAAAAAUCUAAGCGUCAAAGUAUAGAUAAAGAUUUAGAAGUUAAAAAAUUAGAAGAAGUUAAUGAAAAUGUAGAAUCUCAAUCACAAAAUGAUGUAAGAAAUGAAGAAAAAAAUGAAGACGAACUUAAAGAUGAGGAAUUUACAAAUGACAAUAAAAAGGAAAAUAUUGAAGAAAGUGAUGAUGAUACUGAAAAUGAGAGAGAAGAAAACGUAGAAAAACACAACUCGAACAAAAAAGAUGAAAUUAGUGACAAAGAGAAAGAAUAUAGUGAUGAUGAAGAAGAUAGUACUGAAAAACAAAAAGAAGAAGAGGCAAAAGCUGAAGAACAACGACAAUAUGAAGAAAAAAAAGUGAAAAUACUUAGUAGUGUUGACGAGUUAAAGGAAAGACAUGCAAAAGAACAACAGAGUAUUUCAGAAAAAGUAAAAGAAGAGGAAAUGUUUAAAGAUGAGUUAGAUAGAGAAUUAAAAAGGAGCGGUAACCAUAAACAUGAAGAUUAUGACAAGUAUACUCAUACUAAUUCAAAAUGGAAAAAGUUAACUGAUGAUAUAGAUUCCUCAGAUGAAGAUGAGGAGCCUGUUUUUAAAAAUAAAUAUGAAUUUCACCCAUACAAAAGUACAACAACUUUUACAACAACAAUUACGACAACUUUACCCCCUAAAAAGCAAACUACGCAAAAGCAUAGAAAAGAAAAAACUGUAGCUACUGGAAAGCUAUCAGUCUUUAGGAAUCCAAACUUAUAUACAAUACAUGAUGAAGAAUAUGAUACAACAACUGUUAAGCCUACAAAACCUAAAAUACAAAAACCUCGAAAAUUUUCUUCAAGAUAUUCAGCGGCUGACAAAGAUAAUGUACGGAUAUCGUUGGUUCCAGCUGAUGAUUCAGAGGAAGGUGAACCAACACUAUUUUAUCCAAAGAAACGUGAAAAUAUGCGUAAAUCAAAGACCGCAACUCCUAUACCUGAUACCACUGCUGACUCAAGUCAGGAGACAAGUUCCCUGACAGAGACGAGAAUAAGUUCUGUUUUAUCGGGAAUAAAUCCAUCAGAACCAGGACCAACAGGCACUGGACCAUCAGACACUUUUAUAUCGGCAUCAAAUACUGCUCCAUCAGAUGACGUUGCACCAGAUACGACAGCAUCUGACUCAAGUGAUUCCACUCACGCUUCUUCUAAGAAAGAAGAGGCAAAAGAUGGUGAUUACCAUCGAGAGAAAGGU